AUGUCAUAUGCACACUUCCAUAACUUCUGGUUGUUGGCAUAUCCUCACUUGUCAAUUGAAUGGAGCAUCAACUGUGUGCCACAGAUCAACUCAUUCAUUGAUAUCAACAACUUCUACACUCUAGCGUUCUAUCUCUUUGUAAUGGUUCUGAUCAUCACACUGUCUAACUCACUCAGAUGGUGUCUCUUGUUUGGUCUAUUCGCAUUCCUACCAUCAUCCAACAUCAUUUUCCACUCUGAGAAGCUGGUCUCUGAGGCCAAUAACUACAGCACCUCAAUUGCCUUUUGCAUAUUGUUGGCUCGUCUACUGACAUGGCCAAUGUUUAUUGCCGAAUCCAAGCAGGAGAAGGAUAUGUCGACCACGCCAGAGACUUCAACUGCAGAAGCCGCUUCUGAUGUUGAUGGUGAUGAUGAUAAUGCGGAUGAAAUACAGGCAAAUCAAUCAAAUGAUGGACUGAGGCGUAGGACUACGACAACUUCAAAGUCUGGACAAACACUGGCCAUCGCUAAAAAGGUUGCAAGUCGUAGACAUGCCAAGACAUCAUCCAGCAAGAAACCAGCACUCAAAAUAAUGUCAUUGCUGAUACUAGGUGGAUUGGCUGUUUGUGUUGCCAUAGUAUCACUCUACUCUGUUGUCACCUAUCGAAGGAACAGUAUGUGGAGUGAUGAUGUCCAGUUGCUCAAUGAUUCACUCAAUACAUGUCCAAACAGCGCAAAGCUUCACUACAUGAUUGGCAUGUUAUUCCUUGGUUCAGAGGAAUAUAAUACAGCUUUGGAUCACUUUGAUCAGGCAUUGGAAGUAUAUCCAACAUAUUGUGAGGCCAAUUAUAAGUAUGGCUAUACAAGGUUACAUGUGGACGGUGAAUUCAUGGUGGCCUCAAAGUACUUCAACAAGAGUCUGGAUUGCAACAGUACUAGAGAAAUAAGCUUUGCAUCAAUCUCACAACUCUAUGAUUAUAUGAUCGAGAGGGAGCCACAAUACUCUGAUCUUCACAUCCAAUACGCAUCACUUAUUGGCAGAUAUCAACCAGAGUCAGCUGCCUCGCAUUACUACGAUGCAGGCUCCAUUGAGCUCAAGAAGAACGAAGCAUUGGCCACACAAUACUUUGAGCAAUCACUUACAAUCUUCAUCCAACAAGUAACUGUCUCGGACCAGAUGGAACAAUGGUGUACGGCAUUCGAUUGGAUCCAGAUGACCUAUUCCAGGAUACCAUCUGGUCACUCUUACCUUGACACACUCCUAAGCAAUGCACAGAUGAGGUGUAAUUGA